UUUAAGUCAUAAUUUGACUGUCACUCUUAUCAAGCAGCUCUCUUACCAAGGGAGAUCAGAGCUGAGCUGGUAGGAUUGCUACAUCAGCUGGAGACAUGGACUCUGUUCCAUCCAAUGGGCUAAGAUAGAACUUUGUGAAAUAAUAAUGAUUAAAUGUGCGAAAAUCAAAAGUUCCUUCUCCGAGAUAACACAACCAUUGUUUUUUGAUUCAACCACACAUAAAAAUCAUGUGACCUUGAUCUCAAGCAUAUAUUGAGCUAUAGAAAAGCAUUCAUAUUCUUUUAGGUCCUGUAUAUUAUUUGUAUUUAUCAUAUGUUUUUGGAUUCCUUUAGCAUUGAUGCUGCUGUGGAAAAUGGAUCGUUGGGGAGGCUAGUCAAUGAUGACCAUGUUAAUCCUAACUGCCGGGUGAAAAAAAUUGUUGCAGAUGGAAAGCCACAUCUAGUCCUGUUUGCUUUUCAAAACAUAGAGAGAGGAGAUGAACUCACAUAUGAUUAUGGCGGAAUUGAUUGGCCUUGGAGGGUUGAUGAACACAACAACAAGGAACUGGUGGAAAGUUCCAACACAAGGGUACAACACACCAGUGAGGUUUCCCCUUCAAUUCUGAAGGUUGAUGGUGGGCAUUCUACCAAUGUGGCCUUUGAACACAACAACAAGGAACUGGUGGAAAGUUCCAACACAAGGGUACAACACACCAAUGAGGUUUCCCCUUCAAUUCUGAAGGUUGAUGGUGGGCAUUCUACCAAUGUGGCCUUUGAACACAACAACAAGGAACUGGUGGAAAGUUCCAACACAAGGGUACAACACACCAAUGAGGUUUCCCCUUCAAUUCUGAAGGUUGAUGGUGGGCAUUCUACCAAUGUGGCCUUUGAACACAACAACAAGGAACUGGUGGAAAGUUCCAACACAAGGGUACAACACACCAAUGAGGUUUCCCCUUCAAUUCUGAAGGUUGAUGGUGGGCAUUCUACCAAUGUGGCCUUUGAACACAACAACAAGGAACUGGUGGAAAGUUCCAACACAAGGGUACAACACACCAAUGAGGUUUCCCCUUCAAUUCUGAAGGUGAGUCUUCUUGUUUGGUGAACAUGCCAAUACACUUUCACCAUUCA